CAAUUUCGCUCCUUCUCUCUCUCUCUCUCUCUCUCUCUCUCUCUCUCUUUUUUCUUGCCUCAUAUAUUUACUUAGAUUAAUUUAUUAAACACGCAGAUUGUAAAUUUCGUUUCUUUCAUGCAUUAUAAAGCAAUCGAGUACUAGAAUAUGUCAAAAAAAUCUAUGAUUAGUUAACAAACUUGAUUAAUUCUUACUACAGAUUCUGAUGCGGAAGUGGUAGCUUUAUUACCAAAGACGAUAGUUAACGGCGACGAAUAGAUUCAAAUGUGAAGUACGCAACGAAGGGGAAAGGGAACGGAAUCUACAGCUUCAAAGAAGAGGACAUGACCUUCCAUGGAAGCUGAGACAAAAAGAAAAGAUUAUCAAAGAAGUAAAGAAGAGGAAGUGUAUAUUUGUCCAGAGCCCACGUGCGGCGUCGUCUUCUCAUUCGUAUGAGAUGUUAAAACCAAAGCCACAUUUCCCGAUCUUCGUCCACGGCAGACAGAGUCAACUCGGCGGCGAAGGUGGACUCUUAAGGGUACAACGGGAGCAGUCUUCACGAUUUGAUCGUCGUUAG